AUGGUAUCAGCUAGUGCUAGUGAUAAGGGUAAAAAAUUAAGUGUUGAUUCUAGACCUUACGUUCCAAUACGAAAACAACUAGAACAGCAACAAGGAAUACCACGAGCACAACUGCUACACCAAAUAUUGCAAGGACAACAAGUUCUGCAAACACGACAAGAAAUGGUACCACAGCAAAAAAUGCGACAAAAAGAAGCGCGAGAACAAGAAGAAAAACAAAACAAGGAAAGGCGAGAAAAAGAAAUAGAACUGCGACAAAUAAAUACUCAUGUAAUACCAAGAGUACAAAGACAAUUGAGUGAAAGACGAGAAGAACAAGCAAACAAAAUAAUAAAUAAACAAUAUGUAAAUACUUUUUUUGAAGCACAGGAGGCCUGCGUUAGAAGAUCGCGUAGGUAUGAGGAUAACUUCUAUUGGAAAUGUAAAAACCUGAAUCCAGAAUUCCAGGAGCAUCUUUUCUCUGUUAAAGAACUGACUGAGUAUUAUUGCAUUCAAGGAACACCUGGAAAAUAUUUAUGUGAUUGUAAAAAACUUGAAGACAAAUGUCUGAUGGACCAAACAUGUAGAGUAUUUCCGACAAAGUCAUUAGGAUUUGCGUCAAUCAAGCGUGCUAGACUAAUGGGAGAAUUGGGUCUUCAUGAACAAUUAAAUCAAGAGAAUCAAUUUAAUCACGAUCAACUAGUGCCUUAUAAUAGCCAUCAGGUUCUCAAUAAUCCAGGACCCAGUAAUAUUCAAUUACAUCCUAGUCUUCCAGGACCUAGUUAUAUGCAUUCACUUCAUAAUAAUCAAGGGUAUAAUAAUAAUCAGCAGCAUAAUGGUCCUUGGUGA